GGAGUUUCGCAAAGAUUGGCUUCUUCAUUUCGACAACCACUUUGCACAACAGUUUCUCUCGAGUUUACGACUACGUCCGCUACCUGAUAUCAUCCACGUUUGUUCCUACUGCAGCGCACUCGUAGCUGAGGCUCAUACGAAUACCACUUACCGCACUAGUCUUUCUGAUAUCGGUACUUCUGCAGAAAACUGUUCGAUUUGCAAAUUGCUUCUUCAAGCAUUUCAGCGGUUCCACGGUGCUCACGGAAAUAUACACAUAGAGCGAACUCACUCAGCACUUCGAGUAAAAGAAGGCCCACGUCUUGUACGGUUUUGUUGGGAUCCAGAGAACUCGACUGGAAUGCGACGCGAUAUCCCAAUAGGCCUCCCAAUUCUACCUGAGCGUGAAAGCCCUACGCAAUUUGCACUCCUUCGCGCAUGGCUUCGUCAGUGCGACAAGUUUCAUAGUUGCCACAAGGGCCAAGAUGCAUCCAAAAUAGCAAUGCCGACAAGAGUCCUCUACGUUGGUAAUCCAAAGGAUUUAGAUUACGCUUCAGACUUUAUCCGUCUUGUAUCUGUCUCAGAGAUAGCCAAGCAGAAAUAUGUCGCAUUAUCUCACUGCUGGGGUGAUCCAUCAAUUGAAGAGAAGAAAGUAUACUGUACAACUCGGGAUAAUAUUAUUCAGCGGUCCAAAGGAUUUAGUCUUUCUGAACUACCAAAGACUUUCCAAGACGCCGUUAAGGUGACCCGAGAGCUUGACAUCUCCUAUCUCUGGAUUGACUCACUCUGCAUCAUCCAAGAUGGAGAUAAUGGUAAAGAUUGGGAAUUGGAAUCUGGGAAAAUGGAAACUGUCUUUUCGCACGCUCACUGCGUAAUUGCUGCAACUGCGGCAGUCAACUCUAAAGCAGGGUUCCUUAAGCGGGACGUAAGCACUGAGUAUGUCUAUGUUCAAGAUGCUUCCGGCAAACAGUUCUAUAUCAGCACUGAUAUAGAUGAUUUUAACAAUGAUGUUGGCAAUGCGCUACUUAACAAGCGAGCUUGGGUAAUGCAGGAAGGGGUUCUGUCGCGACGUACUAUCCAUUUUAGUGCCAAUCAGACAUACUGGGAAUGUGGCGAAGGGAUUUACUGCGAGAACCUUACCCGGCUACGGAGCCCUGUAACAAACAGGUACUUUAUACUAGAUCCAAAUUUCCCGGAUCGGCUCAUUCGAUCAGGCAUGAGACGUACGCUAGACUGUAUUGCUUUCCUUUUCCAGGAUUACUCAAUGCGGACUCUUACUGUCCCAACUGACCGAUACGUUGCAAUAUCUGGUUUGGUGGUUCGUAUGGAGGGUGCUUUAAAUUGUCAUAGCAGAUAUGGCAUCUUCCAGAAGUACUUUCAUAGGAAUCUCCUUUGGCAGGCAUCGAACAACAAGAUGAAAGAGAUUGCGUACGAUUAUUAUGUGCCAUCUUGGUCAUGGAUGGCAUGUAGUGGAGGCAUUCAGUUCAUGGACAUCACCCUAGGUGAAGUUGAGUGGAAUGAUCACCUCCUAUUUGAUGAGAAGUGCGAAUGCGACCACGCCAUAAUCGCCGACCUAUGGACAUUUCAGAACUGUACAACAAGACUCUAUGAGACACAGUGUACGGUCUUGGAUUAUAGUGGAGUAGAAAGAGGGAGGAUGCAGUAUGACGUUGAGGGAGGUCAAGAUCUUCGCAAAGAACAAUGUGUUCUUGUAGGAAGGAGAAGCAAUAGGGGUAUUCAAGAAUUCUAUAUUCUAAUUGUCAAGUCAACCGGUGUGGAUGGCGAGUAUAGAAGGAUUGGUGUUGGAUCGAUACAAAGCGACUACGUCGUAAAACAGAGGAUCGAUAUACGACUUGUGUGAACGACCUUACGCCAGGAUUCAUGGAG